AUGUCUUGGCGAGGAAAGCUUUCAAAGAAUGUUCAUCAAUUGAUUUUCUACUUUUGUCCGAAGAAUGCCCAAAGCAAGGGAGUGAGAGAUUUCUUACAAAACAAUUAUGCUGAUAUUAAAACGUUGAACCCAUAUACAGGCUUGUUGGUCAGAGAAACUCCUGAUAUUGAUGAGCCUUUUAUGAUGGUAGAACGUCAUUACGGAGUGAGAGAAAAACAAGAUUUGAAGAAUUUAACAGCUUCGGAUAUUGAAAAUAUAAUUAAACAAGUAACAUUGGAACGAGAAAGGCCAAGAGAUACAAGACCUCUCCAUGAACGAGUGAACGAUAUUGUCUCUGAAGAGUAUCUUCGUUUGAAUCCAGAAAUGCCAUACAGAUUUUAA